AUGAGAAUAAGUGUUUCGGGGAAAACCACCAGUCUUGCCACUCCACUCCGCAGCAAUCAAUAUGUCGGGGUUGGUAUUAUGAUGAUAUGUGCCAAAAGAUUCCAAUCAACUCAACCCGUAAUCAACAAGAAUUCAAUCCAUGUCAUUUCUAUUCCAAUUACAACGUCAAAAUCCUAUAUUUAUUGUAAUCAUCGACCUAGCAUGUUGGGAAAAUCCCAGACGCAUACCGUCCCUAGUAUAGUGAAGAUGGAAAGUAAAUUAACCCAAUUAGCAAGCAAAGGAUGGAAUAAGUUAUCUCAUUCGAAAAAGCCUAUCAAUGUCAAGAUUACUAAAUUUGUUAAGAAAUUAUUGGCUACUAUUCCAUAUGAAGAAAAUUGUUUAAGAUCAUUCCCAAGCAAGCAGGCUAUGAUUAGAGAAGUGAAUGAAGAGUCAAUCGAAUCGGUGAAUUCUAAAAUAAACAACCCCGCUAUCUCCUCCAAUUCUUCAUCAUCCAUAAAUACAGCUGAAUCAAGUAUGAUUCAAUCAGAGAUUGAAAACUUGAAAAUCCCAACUAAUCAAUUAAAACCAAUUCCAUUAUUUCAUCCAUCUUUUCAAAAGCCAACCACUAUUUUGAAUCAGAUAUAUAGUUUCCGUGAAGAGACUCAAUCCAGACAUCAAAAAUAUGCAUUAUUGUGUUCAAUAGGGAUGGUUGCUGCUUUGCCAUUGGGAUUAAUUCCUUUAUUACCCAAUGUUCCUGCGUUUUAUCUUGCAUAUAGAGCAUAUUGUAAUGUUAAGGCCUUACUUGGAAUUCAACAUCUUGAUUAUUUGUUAGAGACUGAACCAAAAGUGAAACAAGCCCCAGUGGUUGCAAAAGAGGAAGCGGAAGAAAUUUCAGAAGAAGGUGAGAAGGAAAUGGCAAGUGAUUUGACUGUAAAUGAUACUACACAUUUAGCAUUUAAACCAAUUAGCCAAAUAGAUGAAAUAUAUGUACGUGAUAAUGAGAGAGCCAAUUUGGAUGAAUUUGUUCAACGAGAAGAAUGCGUGAUUAUUACUGAGGGUAUUAUUGAACUGUUAGUUAAUGAAUUGGGUUUAGAACAUUUACGUGAAGAUUUGCAUAGAGCAUUACUGCAAGAAACUGCUCGAUUAAAUAAACAUAUUAAAGUGGAAGAUCCUGUUAAUUAG